AUGAUUUUGUCCAUUUUGCCGUUACUUUUUGUGUUUUGUGCACUUUUUAAAAUAUAUUUGAAAGUGACCACCGGUUGGUGCAAAAGUCACACAUGUUUGGUUGGCAAAACUGCUCUAAUAACAGGCGGAAAUGCCGGUAUUGGGUACGAAACAGCUCUGGAUUUGGCUAAAAGAGGCGCUCGAGUCAUUCUGGCUUGUCGCAGUCACUCAAAAGGGGAUGAAGCCCUAAGGAAAAUCGUAAAAGAGACUGGAAAUGAGAACAUUGUUGUCAAGAUUUUAAACAUGAGCUCAUUUGAGUCGGUCCGAGCUUUUGCUCGAGAAAUAAACAAGACGGAAAGUCGGUUAGAUAUUUUGGUAAACAACGCCGGAACCCUCGCAUUUGGGGGCGAAGUCACCAGUGAUAACCUUCCAGUGAUUAUGCAAACUAACCAUUUUUCCAGUUUCCUUCUCACUCAAUUAUUAUUAGAUUUGUUGAAAAAAUCGGCCCCUAGUCGCAUCGUAAACGUUUCCUCAGCCGGGGCUAAGAGAGCAUUUGACUUCAACGUGGAGAAAAUUACCACUCAUGGGAAAGACUACGUGAAUUCCAAAUUGUGUAACAUUUUUUUUACUCAAGAGUUAGCUCGAAGAUUGGAAGGGACUGGAGUGACGGCCUAUUCCCUUCAUCCAGGACUGGUCAAAACCAAUAUUUUCGACUCUGUUAACGGCUACUUGAAAUUGUUGGUUGAUAUUGUUGUCGGUUUAUUUUCAAAAACACCGGAAGAAGGGGCCCAAACUACGAUUUAUUGUUCAGUGGCUAAAGGAAUAGAAAACUGGAGUGGGGCCCAUUUUUCAGAUUGUAGGAAAGUUGAGACGUAUAAAACGGCAAGAGAUUCGGACCUUGCGAAGAAAGUUUGGGAAAAGUCGGAGCAAAUCGUCCAAUUAUUAUGAAUUAUUUGGUGGUGGUUUAGAUAAACAAUGUGUAACUUUUUUGUUUUUAACACGAAUUUUCAAAACAUUUAUUUUCUACUAAUGCCAUUAUUUCGGUCUCGCAAAUAUUUAAACUCGGUCCAAAAACGUUUUAUGGAUUUUUCUCGAGUUUGCAAAGAACCGUAUUUGGUAGGAUUCUCAAACGUUCGAUUUUUUAUUUUUUUUAAAAUGUAUGGUGUUUUGUUUUUAUUAAAAAAUCUCUUAUUAG